AUGGGCAAAGCCAAAGCCUGGGACGCUGCCCGCGAUCAGCAGCUCUUCCUCCUGAUCGUCGACAGCAUGAAAAUCGACUACAACAUCGUCGCCAAGAAGUGGGCCGAGAAGUAUCCGGACGAUGACUCCAAGCCGACCGCGAGCGCCAUCGGCCAGCAUAUCAACAAGCUCCAGAAGGCGAAUGGUGGUGGCUCCGGAGGUGCCGCCAAAUCGAGACCAGCGGGUGUUCUGAAGCCAUCGACUCCCAGCAGCAGCAAGAAGAUUGUGCCCAAGACUCCGACCUCUAGCAAGCGCAAGAACCGCAGCAUGAGUGACGAGGAUGAGGACGACUCCGAGGAGGAUCAGAAGAUCGACUUCACCAACAUCCCCAAGCGGGAGUCCACUGUCCGACGCAGCAAAGCCGCCCGCGCCUAUGCUGAGCCGGAGAGUGAUGCGGACGAGGAUGAGGAUGGCAUCCUCACCUCUGCGCGCCCCGAGUCGCGCUUCGUCAACCCAGCUCUUACCAACACGACCGGCUACGUCUCUCCCCUCAGCAAGCGCAACAGCGUCGACGACGGAGAUGAGGUGACCGGCACUGCGUCCCGGUCCGUCUCCAAGAAGCCCGUCUCCAACUUCGACUAUUUCCACAGAGCUGCAGCCGAGGACUCCGAUGUCAGCGACUACCAGCCGCUCGUCUAG